CAAGUGUUUUACAAAUUGAUUGAUUUUAUUCUACUUAUUAGAAGUAUUCAAUAAACCACGGGAUUGCCUAUCCGUUUAAUCAAAUGUCACCUGUUGAUAGACGCUCUACAGAAGAUGUGGAUGAUGAAGAGGAUGACUGGCCAAGACCCCCUCCACUUUCGUCUCAACUUAACCAUAUUAAUCUUUGGUCUGAAGUGAUUUCAAGGGCAGAACGAAGGGCAAACCAUCGUAACAGCGCUGUCUACGACUCUGAAUUAUAUAUCAACUCCAACCCUAUCCCGGCCCAAAUCAGAAACAUAUUUGAUAUGGAUGUUUCCACGGAAUCCACCUCCACUGCCGAUAACGGUAAUGAUAACCUCCUGGAUGGAGAAGAACUUAGUUACAACGAAGAAGACUCGGAAAUACAUCCGCCACCUCCUCCCCCGCCCCCUGGGCCCGACCUGGAUGGUUUAAGGUCCGAUAUCCAAUCAAAUGAACACCUUUUAUUAUCUUCAGCAAGACAAAAUCCCACUAACACAAAUACAUUAAUUUCGCAUGGAGGUAUCCCGAUUAGAAGAAGUAAUGCCAUACGAUCAAGACAACGACAACGCUUACUUAGACAUUCGGAGCAAUCUUCACUUCAACCUGGAAGUACUUCACUUGCUAAUAACAGUAAUUCAACUGUCUUGGCAGCAGUUAGUGUUCCACCCCCCUUACCAUCGGGUCCUCCUCCAAGACUCCCCACGUUUGAACGGGCACAUAGACACCUUCGAUCUCAACUCCAACUUUAUUUCCCCAAUAACUCACUGCUUCUGUUUAUGCAACAUCAUACGCAUCCAGACAUCCAGCAACAAUCUAGCGGACCCCCGCCUCCUCGUAGAAAACCACCAAGUCUCAAUGAAGCCAAAAAGAUGUGUCGUACGAUGCAAUUGAUUGUAAAAGAUCUACAAGCCACAAAGCUUUCAAAUGGUCCAUCUCCCUUAUUUGUCAGCAAACUGCAUAAGCACAGAAGUGUGUUUGGUAAGCCUUUGGAACCUUCAGAUAUUGAGGCUGCGUUCGAUUGUUUGAAGACUAGAAGCUACCAAUCAAUGGUGGGGGGUGCCACCUCGAAAAGAAAUGUACAAAAAAGAGUAACUGCCCCCACUAUAGAAGGUACUUCCAUUAAAGUUGAAUCUAAUAAAAAGAGAAAGACUACAGCACAUCUGGAAAAUGAAAUGAUAAUCGAUGGUCCCUUAUAUUAUAAGUCUAAUGGCACUGGAUGUCUAGACUUGACUGAAGAUAAUAUUGGAUCAAUCAUGGAUGGGAUGUAUAGUUCUUAUUUACGAGGUGGAAUCAACUACACUUUAAAUGGUGGGUAUCCCUGUGAAUUGUCAUUCACCUCUGUUGAUUAUGAUUCAAAUGGAAUUUAUGGGCAUUUCGUCGCAGACACAAGUAUGGGGGAUUAUAUCAGGAACACGGCAAGAUUUUUUGCUGGUGGGGCGGUAGUUCCACCUACCAGAAGACUCGCUAGGUUUAAAGGAAUGGCUCGUAAUAGAGCAAUUUCCAAGAAAUUGGAACUACUUGAAUAUUAUCUAGCUCAUUCCGAACCAAAGACUAGUCAUAAACCUCUUCAUAUCCCAGUGCGGGGUCAAAUCGUGGAUUUCCAAGAAAAUGGAUUAACAUUUCUUCCUAAGCUUCAACUCAAUGUAUUUGCAGGAGAAACCCGGUCCGGGAAGCAAUAUUGGCGUCAUUAUGAGAGGUGUACACAUGCAGAUCGUACAAUGGUUCAACUAUCUGAGUGGACGAAGAUCCAACCAUUUAAAGAAUUUGAAGAGGCAUAUUUGUAUAAGGAAGCAAGAGAAAUUUAUCGAGAUUUGAAAUCACAUUUAAAGGAGCUUCCUUCUUUGCAUACCACUGUGAAAAAUGCUAAUUCUGACGAGCCCCCGGGAUCUAGUACUACUAUCCCUCGCCCAUUACUCUCAAGACAACAAUUGGCUAAGAGAAGAUUGUUGGUUGAUGCAGCUGGGGGAGUUAAUUGUGCAUAUGUUGCAUCAAAUAUCGAAUCUACCACGUCUUCAUCACGUCAUAGUAUUUCGAAGAUUUCACAAGGGUUUAAUGAAAAGUUGCUUGUAAGGCUAACUGAGUGUCUUACUUGUAAAGAUCAUUGUUUGGCUAAUGUUCAAUUGAAUUACUUGCUAUUUACAAUCACCGUGGAUGUUGGGCUCUUGUUGGAUGAACUUAUCAGCCGAGCCCAAGUCUUGUGUGAAGAAGAGGUUGUGAGAAAGGGUAAGUCUAUCCAUCAAGUAGACUCUGGCCCUACUACCAGUGGGAACAACGACCCUGAUGGAGACUCCAGAGCAACUUUCCUUUGUUCUAUAAACCGUAAAACGGGGCAGAUUGAUUUGCACAAUACAAGGGCAUACCUUGAAUAUACAGAUAUAUAUCGUGGUGACUCUCUGAUGUCAACCAAUUUGCCUCCCGGUACUACUUCAACUACACCUCCAACAUCCUCAAGAGAUCUUGACGUUGGAGAUAACAUGUUUGAAAGUGUCUUCUCGGGAAUCUCUCUUGGAGGCGCAUCUAUUGGCCCGGAAGAAGAUUAUGAUCAUGCUACCUUGUAUGACGGCUUGGGGGUUUACACACUGACUGGAUUCCGAGACCCCUACCUACAUCCCGACUUCCACACAACAUUGACUGGUAAUGUACGGAAAAGAUGUGUUAACUCAACAUUUUCCAUGGUGUGAAGAAAAAAGGAAGAGACCCUUGACAAAUAAAUGUGUAAGUACUUGGUUUAAUAUUUAUGCUUACUUUAAAGAUUACUUUUGUAGACUAGACUCCGCACUGCAGUUCAUCUAAUAUUUAUUUGCUAUUUACAUCCCCGAUCCAUCUAUCAAUUGGUCUUUCUCUGUCAAGAUAU